AUGAUGAACCUAUUGUUCAUGUCGUUUUUAGUAGCAGCUUCAGCCUCUGCUUGGCUUCAUGAGUUCAAAUAUCUUCAUCCAUCUCUCAUGUUAUCUUGCUUCUCAGCAUUCUUCCUCCUAGCCCUAGCCAUUUUUCAGCACUUGAAGAGACAAACAAGCGAAGUAUAUUUAGUAGACUUUGCUUGCUACAAACUGAAUGAUUCUUGUGCUAUCACCACUAAUAUGUUAGUGGAACAAUCAAAGAACGUUGGAGUUUUCUCAGAAGAGAGCUUGAAACGAAUCAGGAAAAUUGUUGAUAGGUCUGGUUUGGGACCUAAGACAUAUCUCCCCCAAGCUAUCAUGCAAAGUAACCCACCAAAAGUAUGCCUAGAUGAGGCAAGGAAAGAGACAGAGACUGUGUUUUUUGGAGCCAUUGAUGAACUUCUGGAGAAAACAUGGGUCCAACCUAAGGAUAUAAGAAUUCUCGUUGUGAACAGUAGUAUGUUUUGUCCCACGCCAUCUCUAUGUGACAUCAUCGUGAAUCGAUAUAACCUCAGACACAAUAUCUUAUGCUAUAAUCUUAGCGGUAUGGGUUGCAGUGCUAGAGUUCUUGCUAUUGACUUUGCCAAACGCCUCCUUCAGUCACACCCUAACUCUUACGCCAUGGUGCUGAGCAUUGAAAUUACAAACACAGGGACAUACUUGGGCAACAACCCUUCAAUGCUUCUCUCCAAUUGUCUCUUUCGCAUGGGUGGUUCUGCUUCUCUUCUCUCCAACCAUCCUUCAGAUCGUCGUCGUUCAAAGUACCAAAUCAUCCACACACUUCGCACCCACAUGGCUUCUGAUGACAGAAGCUACAACUGUGUCCUUCAACAAGAAGAUGAGCAACAACAAAUUGGCGUCACCAUCUCUAAAGACCUCAUGAAUGUUGCAGGUCACGUCCUCAAACAUCACAUCACAUCUCUCGCCCCACUGGUUCUUCUUGUCUCAGAAAAACUCAAGUUUCUUGUAACUUUUGUGGCAAGGAAGGUUCUGAGAUUGAAGAUUGAAACUUAUGUUCCGAAAAUCAAGUUAGCUUCAGACCACUUUUGUAUUCACACCGGAGGAAGGGCUGUGCUCGAUACAAUGCAGAAGAGUCUUGACCUUCAAGACUGGGACAUGGAACCUUCUAGAAUGACGCUGUAUAGAUUUGGGAAUACAUCUUCGAGUUCUGUGUGGUAUGAAUUGGCUUACCGUGAAGCCAAAGGAAGAAUCAAGAAAGGUGACAGAAUCUGGCAAUUGGGAUUUGGGUCAGGAUUUAAGUGUAACAGUGCCGUGUGGGUUGCACUAGACAAUAUUGAAGCAGGUUCAAUGAAGAAUCCAUGGAGGGAUGAUAUUCAUCAAUUUGCUGCUAAUUAAUGCUGUUGCUUCUCAUUAGAAUCCAUGACAACUAGAAAGUGUGGCUUUAUUUUAUGCACUCCUAUAUAUGGCUGUUCGAUGAGUUGUGUCAUGACAAAUUAAAUGUAAGGUUCUUAUGGCAUAAAAUAGCUUAUGGUUUUUAUGGAUGUUGGUAGAAAAUAAAA